ACAGCUACUGCUUGCGGUAAAAGCGCUCUUUCCUUAGAUCUCUUCCUUCGGAAGAGAUUUCAUCUUCCUGGAAGCCAGCCUUGGCUUUUCUCAGAGGACUGCAAAGGCCUUCCCUGAACCAGCCACACUAAACUCUGCUGCAAGGUUUCCUUCUGUUUUGCAACUUCACGUUGGGAAAAAUGACUUUUUCUUGAGCCUCUCGAUUCCCCCUACAUUUGGGUAAGUGAUCAGACAGCCUCAGGUCAAUCAGCAGAACCGAAGGCCGAGCCCCGCACUCCCCACUGUAGACUGCUUGCACGUGAGUUAUUUUGUUUGUGACUUAUUUGCUAAGAAGAGCGACGUUAGGGAGCAGCUGGGUAGGCAACUCCACGCACAGGUCCAGAGCCCGCGGCUGAGCUCCACCCCUCCCACCUCGCGGCCGGGGAUGAAGUCCUGCAAACCCUGCGGCCCGUCAGCGGGAGCACGCGCCGCGCCCCCGUGCGCGGGCGGUGCCGAGUGCGCGGGCACGUGUGCCGGAGCCGGACGGCUGGAGAGCGCGGCGCGCAGGCGCCUGGCGGCCAACGCGCGCGAGCGCCGUCGCAUGCAGGGUCUCAACACAGCCUUCGACCGUCUGCGCAGGGUGGUGCCCCAGUGGGGCCAGGAUAAAAAACUGUCCAAGUACGAGACCCUACAGAUGGCGCUGAGCUACAUAAUGGCACUGACCCGCAUCCUGGCCGAGGCCGAACGACUGGGCUCGGAGCGGGACUGGGUCAAUCUCCACUGUGAGCACUUCAGCCACGAUCACUACCUGCCGUUCGCAGGCGCAAAGCUGCCGGGCGAGAGCGAGCCGUACGGCCCGAGGCUCUUCAGCUUCCAGCCGGAGCCCUUCCAGAUGGCCAGUUAGGGCUCACGGCUCCACGGGGGUGAAAUGCCCAGGGAUCCCGCUCCCCGCUGCAGACUCCCCUCACAUAGCUGCAGGGUCUUUCGGUGGCCAAGGAUUCAUCCUAUCAAAUUAAUAAACUUCCA